AAAACUGAUGGCCGCAAGAGACGGGAAAAGGCUGAGGUGCGCCAUGGACUACAUACUGGAGGCCGAGAUGAACGGAGAAAUCAGCUCAGACAACGUGAUCUACAUCGUGGAGAACAUCAACGUUGCAGCCAUAGAGACGACCUUGUGGUCGAUGGAGUGGGCGAUCGCAGAACUGGUGAACCAUCCCAACGCCCAGCAAAGGCUCAGAAAGGAGCUGUGGGAUGUGCUCGGAGAUGAACCCUUGACGGAAACCAACCUACAGAGACUACCGUACCUGCAAGCAGUCGCCAAGGAGACACUCCGGCUGCACUCGCCCAUACCCCUCCUCGUCCCCCACAUGAACCUCGAGGAAGCCAAGCUCGGGGGAUACGACAUCCCCAAGAGAACCAAGGUGAUAGUGAACGCGUGGUGGCUGGGGAACAACCCGGAAUGGUGGCACAAGCCCGAGGAGUUCCGGCCGGAGAGGUUCUUGGACGAGGAGAAGGAGGUGGAAGCACUGGUGGGCGGCAAGGUGGACUUCAGAUUCCUCCCCUUCGGCGUCGGCCGGCGAAGCUGCCCCGGGAUCAUACUGGCAUUGCCGCUGCUCUCGCUCAUCGUCGGGAAGCUGGUCAAGGACUUCGAGUUGGUGCCGCCGCCGGGGGUGGACAAGAUCGACGUGACAGAGAAGGGAGGCCAGUUCAGCUUACAGAUCGCCAACCACUCCACCAUCGCCUUCCAUCCGAUCGCACCAUGAGAGGGAGAUGAAGAAGUCGUAUGAAAUGAUGAGAUCAAACGGUGUUUAUUAGUAAUUACACACUGUAAUAAGGAUUGUAUUCUUGUGUUUGUGUGUUUCUUUAUGUAAACUCUUGCUUUGUAAUUGGAUUUGCCGGGCUACCAGUUGAAGUGAAUUUGAUGCA